AUGCGCACAACAGACAGGCCACCGAAAGCGAUUCCCACACGACGUUCCUCGACGUCCGCCCCGAGAGAGUUACCGCCGGCAGCCUCCCCGACCGCCGCCCAGCCCGCCGUGAAUAGCAACGCAAAUGGCAACGCCGAUGCCGUAACAGAGAAUGGAAAGGCAAUCGUGGAAGAAGCAAGCCCCGUUCACAUCCCGCGGCCGCUUUUGGGAAGGCGUCCCUCCAACGAGAAAACGGGCCCCAACGGCACUCCCCCGUCACGUCGCAACUCGUGGUUCACCAACAUCUCGUCAAAGUUCUCUUCUUCGCCCAACAAUGGCAACAACAACAAUAAUAACAACAACAAUACUAAUAACGCCCAAGCGAUUCAGCAGCCCCAGGGCACGCCGCCAAAGGACUUGGAUCCCGUUCCCCCCAAGGUGACUCCUGCCAAAAACGCCGUGCUUCCCCACGCCGUCAAAAAUGAUGGCGAUCAGCCCUAUAUACCCGCGCCUCCCGGCCGUGGCCAGGCCGGCUUUCUUGGGGUCUUCCGCCGACUGUCCUCGUCCGGCGGGGUUCUGGGACAAGGCACAAGAGGAACUCAUGGCCUGGUAGAGAGAAAGGUCUUGAACGUCGACCGCAACCGCGAGCGCUGUCCGAUCACGGAACUACACCAUGCGAAACUGCGAAGGGUCGCAUUCAGCGUCGAUGUCGAAAUCGCGCCAAUGCCAAAGUACGUCGACUCGGACGCGCUCACCAAGAAGCCACUCGACAAGCCAAAAACGAAAAAGAUGACGGAAAAGGGAGAGGGCGAGGCGCUCAAGAACCCCAAGUGUCUCGAAGAACAGAAGGAGCGUGAUGGUGUCAUCCACGCGACCGGGGAGUCUGUGCCAAAGGAACCCGAAACCGAGGGAAUGGGCCCCGACAACGCAAAGAAGGAGGGCGGCGCAAAGGAUGCGAGCGUCUCCGUCGACAAGGACAAGGACAGUAAGAAGAAGGAGAAGAAGAAAAAGAGCGAAGAAGAGAGGAAAGCGAGGAAAGAGAAGAAGAGGAAACAAGCCGAGGCCAACGGUACGAUUCCCAUGGAAAUCCACGUGGACGACAGCGACUCUUCCAGCGAAGGCAUCCCGGCCGCAGCACCAAAGACAACGGCAUCUCCCACCACUAACCCGGUGAGGAUAUACCGCCGGUGUUGCCAGCUGAGGGAAACGCCCAUCCUGAAGAAGAUUACCGAGCAACUGAGCAGCACGUCUAACUGCUCCUCCGAUAUCGGCAUGGUCCAGAAACUGGAUUUGACAGGCUACUGGAUGCAGCUGCCCGACCUGGUGACCCUAGGCGAUUAUCUCGCUGUCGUUCCCGUCAAAGAGGUUAUCCUGGAGAACUGCGGUCUCACAGAUGAGGGGCUGAGGGUCAUACUUGCCGGUCUUCUGGCCACCAAGAGGCCCGAGUCAAGACGACGCAAACACAUGCAACCCGAUGGCCUCGCCACGCAGGGCGGGUUUGUCGAACGCCUCGUUCUCAAAAACAACAAGAUCGGGCCCGAGGGCUGGAGGCACAUCUGCCUCUUCAUCUACCUCUGCCGCACGCUCAAAUUUCUCGACCUUUCUACGGUAUCUUUCCCUCGCCCUUCCCAGCCGGCGCAGAAUGGGCACGGCCAUGGCUUGCUACGGCAUUCUUCAAACGAGGCCCACCCCCAAAACGCCAACGCGGUGUUGUUCUCCAAGGCCAUUGGGGAGCGGUUAGGAGGCUCAACAUUGGAACUGCUUAACCUCGGCGAGACCAAUCUGAGCUCCGACGACCUUGGCGUAAUAAUUGACGGCAUCAUCCAGUGCGGCGUCAAGCGACUGGGUCUUGCCCACAACAAUAUUGACGAGAAGGGCCUUCACCAUGUUGCGAGGUAUCUCUCACAAAGUGGAUGCGAAGGCCUCGACCUGGGCGGCAAUGACAUUCGGGACCACAUGGACAUCAUCGCCAGUGCAAUUUCGGCAAAGGACUCUUUGUGGGCGCUCAGCCUGGCCGAGUGCAACCUGAAGCCCGGGUCUCUCUGCAAGAUCUUGCCGGCGCUUGCGCAACUCGAAGAUUUCCGCUUCGUUGACCUUUCUCACAACCGGGAUCUGUGCAAGUCAGAACCCAGCGCCAUCGGUCUGUUACGCAAGUAUUUGCCCAAGAUGGAAGGCUUGCGGCGUGUCCACCUGGCCGACGUUGCCAUGACUUCGGAACAAGCGAUUGCACUCGCCGAGAUCCUUCCCGAAGCUAAGAUGCUCGCACAUAUCAGCUUCCUCGAGAACCCCGAGCUGGUCAAGCUUGCAGACGCCAAGACGGAAGAAGCACAGGAAGAGGCUUGCGCCUUGUACGCAUCUUUCCUGGCGGCCACGCGUGUGUCCAAGACCAUUGUCUGCGUCGACAUCGAUGUCCCCAGCGACAACUCUGGUGAGGUCGUCAAAGCCUUGGCUAAGCAGGUGGUGGCGUACUGCUUGCGCAACAUGGAACGCUUUCCAAUCGGCGACAUGAGCUCUGUCAUUUCGACAGUCCUGGCAGAGUCCCAGGAUUCAUUACCAGGCGGACCCAUCCCACCUUACCCCGAUGUCCUCGCCCACCUUGUCGGCCACGACGUCCUCAGAGAUGACUCGGACAACGAGUCCGCCCCCGAUGACGACUACGUUAUUGGCGGCACCGGCGUUGUCAAGGCUCUUACGUGCUGUCUCAAGAACAGAGGCGACGAAUCCAGGAGGCAGUCUGGCGAGUUUAUCAGAGACUUUGAGGACGGCGUCUCGGUGCCUAUAGGCCCGAGGCCGAAGCUCCCUCCAGGGAAGGCCAAGGAUAUGUCGAAGCAUCUGCUUGCCAGCGCGCGCAAGAUUCGUCUGCGGUUGCAACCCGCGUUGUCCAAGGCUCGGGUCAACCCUGACGAGGAUGAGCAAAACCUACGCAAGUUGAUGUUCCUCGAUGCAACGCUGGCCAAUAUCAUCAAGCGCUUCGAGGACGAGUUCCCUGACACGCGUGUCUCUACCGACGAGGCAUCCGAGACCACGCUUCCUAGUCAGAGCGACCAGCUUGGAACCUCAUUGUCGUCAACCGAGGACCCGGACCAACAGAGUAUUCCGUCCGACGCCGAAGACGAGACUGGCAUCUCGGUCCGUCCGGGCUUGCAGCGCACCAACUCUGUCUUGUCCAACACAUCAAAGGCACUUGCCGAGGAGGAGGGCAGAAUACACAGGGCUGGCCACAAGAUCCGUUCGGGUAUCAUCAAGCCGGAGUACUACGGACUGCUCAGCGGCGUGCUUGAGGUUGGCCUCGACCCGAAACACAUGGCUAUGCUCCACCAAAUGAUCGAAGAGGUCGACGACCCCGAACUGACCCGUAAGGUCGAGGAGAAGGGCAUCAUGCGCGUCUUCAACGAGGACCGGGAUCAAGUUCGUGAAGGGUUGCGGGCUUUGGACCCUAGCCAUUGGGACCGAUUCGUCGAGAGUCAGGAAAAGGCCCGAGGCAACGUCAAGGCUGCCAAACCAGCUGACGAGAAUGCCAUCGAUGACUGA